GAAAAUCACAGCGUGGUUGCUGCUGGCUUGUUGCUUACAUUGACAUGAACAAGACACACAGUGCAAAAUGACAAAGAGCCCUUCAUCGAUUUCGAAUCUUCUCUCUGAGUAAAUCAAUUUCACAAAUUCGAGGUUUUUGGUUUUUAGCUUACUACACUACUCCAAGAAGAAAAUCUCAAGUUAAAGUCAUUUCCUAUCAAAUCUCUUUUCAUGGCGGCUGCUAUUCUCGUUUCUCCUGUUCGCUAAAUUGCGUCAUUUUCAUUGAAGCUUAUUAUAAAAGCGGCGUAGAUCUGUGAUUCUACUCAUUGCAUUUCCGCGUUUGUGAGGAGAAAGAGGAGAAGAUGUUGUGUGCUUGUUCAGGCGAACAAUUCCGGUUCGAGGAUCAGCCCGGUUCGCCGGAAUCCCUAGCUACAAGAGAUUUCUCAGCUAGUGGACUUUCUUCUCGAAACGGAGGAGGCGAUUGGGAUUCCAAAUUGGAAGAUAUUCAAGUCGAUGAAGCUGAAUCGACUUUAAAGGAAGCUCUCUCACUCAACUAUGAGGAAGCUAGGGCUUUGUUGGGGAGACUUGAAUAUCAGAGAGGUAAUUUUGAUGCAGCACUUCAAGUGUUUAAAGGGAUUGACAUUAAGGUCUUAACUCCAAGGAUAAUCAAAGCCAUUGUUGAGAAAACUCUUCCUUGCAAACCACGCUCUAAAGCUGUUAUUGUGCCUCCCACCACAAUGUCAAUGCAUUCAGUCAGUUUACUUCUUGAAGCAAUCUUACUUAAAGCUAGAUCACUUGAAGAACUUGGCUCUUACAAAGAGGCUGCAGAAGAAUGCAAAAUAAUCCUGGACGUGGUUGAAAAUGCACUGCCAAGCGGCAUGCCUGACGGAAUCAGCGGAUUCGCUAAACUGCAGGAUAUCUUUCAGAAGGCCCUGGAAUUGCUUCCUUUACUAUGGAAAAAAGCGGGGAAUCAUCAUGAAACUAUUGCUUCAUAUCGCCGUGCUUUAUCCAGACCAUGGAAUUUGGAUCCCCAGAGGUUAGCUGUUACGCAGAAAUCCUUAGCUUUGGUUUUACUUUACGGGAGUGUUGAGGCAUGUCCAAAAGACAACAUCGAGGAAGCAAUUGUGUUGCUAAUGUUACUUGUAAAGAAGAUGGUGGUUGGGGACAUACAGUGGGAUCCAGAACUCAUGGAUCAUCUCACUUACGCCCUUUCCAUGACUGGACAGUUUGAAGUGUUAGCGAACUAUCUAGAGCAGACUCUUCCGGGUGUUUACACCCGCGGGGAGAGAUGGUACCUUCUCUCCCUUUGUUACAGUGCUGCUGGGAUCGAUAAAGCGGCCAUUAAUCUAUUAAAGAUGGCCCUAGGCCCAUCUGAAUCAAGACAAAUACCACACAUUCCGUUGUUAUUGUUUGGAGCAAAGCUGUGCUCUAAAGAUCCAAAACACUCAAGGGACGGCAUAAAUUUUGCUCAUAGGCUGCUCGACUUGGGAAACAGUCAGAGUGAACAUCUUUUGAGCCAAGCACACAAGUUCCUUGGUGUAUGCUAUGGAAACGCUGCAAGAAGUUCUAAAUUAGACUCUGAACGGGUUUUUCUUCAGAAAAAAUCUCUGUUCUCUUUAAAUGAAGCAGCAAAGAGGGGUAAGGCUGAUCCGGAACUAGACGUUAUAUUUAACCUAAGCGUUGAGAAUGCAGUUCAAAGAAAUGUUCAGGCGGCUUUGGAUGGUGCGGUUGAGUAUUCUAGUAUGGUGGGAGGAGUUUCAACUAAAGGAUGGAAACAUUUAGCUAUUGUCCUUUCAGCGGAGAAACGGCUCAAGGAUGCUGAAUCAAUACUGGACUUCACCAUGGAAGAGGCUGGUGACAUUGAAAAGAUAGAGCUUCUGAGGUUAAAAGCUGUGCUUCAGAUGGCUCAAGAACAACCUAAAAAGGCAAUGAAGACAUGCAGCAGCUUACUGGGACUAAUUCGAGCGCAAGAGAAAUCUGAACAAUCCGAGGUACCUAGUUUGGAUGUCACAAUAUGAAAGAAACAUAUUCUGUGAAUAAUCUUAUUCUUUGUUUCCAGAGUCUGCUACAGAAAUUUGAAACGGAAGCUUGGCAAGACCUGGCCUCUGUCUAUGGAAAGCUAGGUUCAUGGUCAGAUGCAGAAACAUGUCUCGAGAAGGCAAGAUCCAUGUGCUAUUAUUCUCCCAGAGGCUGGAAUGAAACAGGUUUGUGUCUAGAAGCUAAAUCACUUCAUGAAGAGGCUUUAAUAUCCUUCUUCCUUUCGCUCUCGAUCGAACCAGAUCACGUACCUAGCAUUGUUUCUAUAGCAGAGGUCAUGAUGAAAUCUGGAGAUGAAUCACUUCCAACCGCUAAAAGUUUUCUGAUGAAUGCCUUAAGGUUAGACCCGAGAAAUCAUGAUGCAUGGAUGAAGCUAGGGCACGUUGCAAAGAAGCAAGGCUUGUCACAGCAAGCUGCAGAGUUUUACCAAGCUGCAUAUGAACUAGAACUAUCCGCUCCGGUACAGAGUUUCAUUUGACGAAUAAUAUGAGUUGAAUAGUGCACAAUUCUUUUUCUUUUAAGCCUUUUUUUCUUUAAUAUAUGAUUUCGGUACUACUAAACUUGCUUAAGAUAAUAACACUCGAGUAUUAUAUAUUCCACAUUACCAUUUUUUAUAGCGACAAACAGAUUCAGAUACGGGUUAAAUUUCCUCCAGCUCUUGAAAUAUG